UCGCUCUCCCUCUCUCUAUUCUCUCCCCUUCCCUUGUCUUCUUUCAAAGUAAACCGGGCUAAUAAGAUUCCAGUGGAGGUGGAGCUGGAGCGGCGGGAGUGCACCCAGCAGCCAAGUGGAGCUGCUACACACACAGCACCCACAGCAGGAACAUGGGCUGCCUCCCUGCCCCGCCGCCAGCAAGGUAGGAUGUGGGAGCAGCUAUGGGGGCACCCUGGGCACCCCCUUAAUAUGGGCAGCCUGGAGACGCCCGCUCUGUCUUUGUAAGGGACCGGGAUUCCCAAAUCCUUUUGCUUCUUCCUGUACAAGUUGCACCGGCUGUGGCCCCGGCGGCAGGUAGGUCGGCACGGCCAGGUGAGUAGCCAUGGAGCGGGGCAAGGACAAGGCGAAGGGACCCCGGAAGCUCUUUCGGAGUCGCUCGCUGAAAUCCGUGGGGGAUUUUGUGCACCGGAUCCUAAGAACCAUAAGCCACCUGUCCCACGUGGGGGAGGCCAGCCACGAAGAUGGCGAGGAGGACGACGGGGGUUUCAGCCGAAAGGCGACGGCGCAGGAAGACUGGCGCGUGGUGCACGGCGGCGACAGCAAUAACAACCUGGGGAAAGUGCAAGCCUCGGGGCAGGACCGGGUCUCCUGGAGUUCUGACGACAAGGUGCCCGGGGUGCAGGGCAUGAAGAACCACGGUAACACCUGCUUCAUGAACGCCGUGGUGCAGUGCCUUAGCAACACCGACAUGUUGGCCGAGUUCCUGGGCAUGGAGCGCUACAAAGCCCAGCUCAGCAAGGGGAAAGUAAACGGGGUGCUGGUCAGGGAAGCGGAGGGCCCCCCCACCGGGGGGGCGUCUGGCAGCGGAGAAGUCACCGAGAGGCUGGCAUCGCUGGUUAGGGGUCUCUGGACGUUGGAGUACACCCCCCACCUCUCGGCUGAGUUUAAGAAUGUUGUUUCCAAAUACGGGACCCAGUUCCGGGGAAACUCCCAGCAUGACGCCUUGGAAUUCCUGCUGUGGCUGCUGGACCGGGUCCAUGAAGAUCUCAAUGCCACGUGUGGCCAGAAGGCUAAGGCCAAGGCUGGCGCUGAGCAGAACCAAGUGGUCCAUUCCCAGUCUCCAGAGCCGGGGGGCAGCCAGAGCUUUGUUCAGGAGCAUUUCCAGGCUCAGUACAGAUCGUCCCUCACAUGUCCCCAUUGUCACAGACAGAGCGACACAUUUGACCCCUUCCUGUGUGUCUCCCUGCCCCUCCCACUGCGCCAGACCAGAGCCCUGAACCUCACAUUAGUCUUCCAAACUAAGCAGCAGCGCUUUGUACGUGUCGGACUGGCGGUGCCCCUGCUGGGUACAGUGACAUCCCUGCGCAAGAUGGUUGCGGAUGAAGGAAACAUGGCACCGGAUCAGGUGAUCCUGGUGGAGCUGUACCCCAGUGGCUUCCAGCGCUCGUUCUCUGAUGAUGAAGAUUUGAACUCCAUCGCAGAAGGAGACCCAGUCUAUGCGUUUCAAGCCCCCGUGCCCAUACCCAAAGCCAGUGGCCCCUCUCGUCCCACAGGAUACCCUCGCAGCCUGCCCUCCUCCCCUCGCUACCCGGACCCCGAAGCCCAGAAGUUCUCUGGAGCCGGCUCCAAAUCUUCUGAGUUCCUGGCUGAUCCGGACAGGAUCCUACUCCUCCUGUGCAACACUGAGGGGUCUGGGAAGCAGGCCAACAGGUUUGGGCCCCCUCUGCUGGUUAGAGAAGAUAGCACACUAUCCUGGGAGCAGCUGCAGCAGUGUAUCCUGGGAAAGCUACGCUACCUUCUAAGGAAUGAGGCGCUCCUCCAGCAGAAUGGAACAGCACUCUUUCACAUCCGGGUUGUUGGGGGUCCUGCAAGUGGAAGUUACCUGAGUCCUAAAGACCCCCGGCCACUCCAGCACCCGGCGAUUGAGCGAGCUUUGCAGCUCAGCGGAGCAGGAGGGCCGCCCCAUGUCAAACUGGCAAUAGAAUGGGAGCCAAAGACCAAAGAACGGCUGUUCGGGAACAUUCAGGAGGAGGUGGUACAUGAUGACGAGUCGGUGCGGGCGCAGCAGUUGGAGCACCAGCAGCAGAGUUGCACCCUGGACGAGUGCUUUCAGCUCUACACUAAGGAGGAACAGCUGGCUCCCGACGACGCCUGGAGGUGCCCUUAUUGCAAGGUUCUGCAGCAGGGCACGGUGAAACUGAGCCUAUGGACUCUCCCCGACAUUCUCAUCAUCCAUCUCAAGAGGUUCCGCCAGGUGGGGGGGCGCAGGAACAAGCUGUCCACUUUGGUGCGGUUCCCCCUGGCGGGGCUGGACAUGGCGCCCCAUGUGGUUAAGAGGAGCCAGGGGGGCAAGGGGAUGCUGGGGCAGUGGGCAUCGUGGAAAAAUGCCCCAAUGGAGAAUGGGCAGCUGGACGUCCACUAUGACUUGUAUGCGGUGUGCAACCAUCAUGGCAGCCUGCAGGGAGGCCAUUACACAGCGUAUUGUCGGAACUCCCUGGAUGCCCGCUGGUACAGCUACGACGACAGCAACGUGGAACACGUCCAGGAGACCGACGUCUGUACCCGAGGGGCCUACCUCCUGUUCUACCAGAAGCGGAACGCCAUCCCCAUGUGGUCAGCCAGCAGCUCCGUCAGAGGUUCUACGAGCUCCUCUGUGUCAGACCAUUGGAUCCUAAGACUGAACGGCAGCAGGAGAGAAAGUCUCGCCUCUAGGGCCACCACCAACUGCUUCAACCGUAUUCAGCCUCCAGACUCCCCGGUUUUCCUUGAGAAGGAGGAGCACCCCGAUAAAGGUGGGUCUAAACCAUUUGCACGGGGAAUAAAGGGAAGGAGCGCAAGUAUGAAGCUGCCCUCAGCCUCAAAACUCAAGCUGAGUAUCAGCAAGGCAAUGCCGUUACGGUGGUCCUUUGGGUCCAAGGACAGAACCAAGCGCGAGACUGGCCAGUUGGUAGAGUAUCUGGAGUCCGGACGCAGACCCAAGUAUACCAAUGAGCCCAUUGUGCCUCUGAUGGCUGGUCUUCCCACAACUGAAAAGGAAGAACAACAAGCAAAGGCAAACCUUCCAAAAACCCAAGGGGUCAACGGGGCAGGAGGAACCUCAAAGCCAACGCCGUCAUCAUCUUCAAGGUUGGAUUCCCAGAGGGGGAGGCCGAAGGAGAGGGAAAGCACUCUGAAUGCCACCCAAACGGGGGUAGGGUCAGCAAUGCCGAAAGAAAGGGAGGCAAGGUCAGCCGUGGACUGUGCGUCAGGAAUGAGCUCCCUGGAUCUAGGCAACGGCUUGAAAGGCCCAGUAUUAUUGGCCAAGAAGGGCGAGAGCAGCCAACGGAAUGUGAUAAAAAAUGGCAGCAAUCCUAGGGUCAAACCUUCCGAAGCUGAAGGACAGCCAAUAAAUGUAAAACCCAACACGGUAAAGAAGGAGAUCAGGAGGCAAAGUGGGACAGAAAACUCUAGUGGGUUGGAGCAUUCCAAUGGCGUGCCCAGGACUUCCUUAGCCAACGGCAUUCUGGGUGAUGGCAGGACUAGUGGCACGAUGCCCCGUCAGCCCAAAGAGGAGCCCAAUAAGAUCCAACCCCAGCAAGAUAUCCGGAGAGCCCACAGCUCAUCCAAUGUCCACAGCAAAUCAGACUUCGGCCUGAAGAGGUCGGUCUCCCUGUACAGGAACGGUGGGGCCUCCCAGCAGCCUCCCAGGCCAAUGGCCACCGAGAAAUUCUCUACUGGGUCGCUGCAAAGGCUCCGGUACCAUACGGCCUCCGCGGGCAGGAAGAAAUCUGUUCCUGAAUCCAGCUUCUGAGUCCAGACUGGAAUCUACAGGCAGCUUGGGUCGGUUCUGGUACCGUCAUGGGACCCGGGUGUAGGGACACAGUGUCUCUGCUAAUUGGACUCUCGUUACCAGUAAUUACUCUGAGUGACAUCUGUUCUAUUUAUAUAUCUGGAAUAUUAUGUGAAGCCCUCGCCGUGUAUUGGGCGCAUUUUAUUGCUUUUAUAUCGGGGUGCUCUUCAC